GCAGACCCCGAGAGGGACGUGCAACUCGAGUGAUCGUGAGAGAUGUGCGCGAUCAAGGAUGUGCGGCCCAAAAGAGCAUGAGGGGCGGUGGGAGGAUGUGCUUGGGGGCCUGAGUGAGUGCGUGGACCGCGGGAGAAUAUGCGGGGGAGGAGGCGUCUCGCAGAGAGGAGAGCUGCUCCGCCUUGGGGCAAGCCAGGGGCCGAAGGGGACAGGUCUCCGGUGGUGCGUGAGCAUGGAAAGGCCCUGAGGCCUUCUCGUGCAGGGUUGGGGGCAGCGGUCAAAGGCGGGAAAUGCGGAUGUGUUGAGGUCUGUGCUGCUCUUUGGAGGAUGCUAAGAAUUGGGAACCAGUCAGGAGCUGGGGGUGGAACCCCACAACCCCCAUCGACGUGGAGGCCGCAGGGAUUGGCGCAGUGGGGGAAUGGAUGUGAAGAGACUUUUUCCCAGAAUGGGGGAGGGGGUUGCACCUCUGGGGCCCAGAAGAAGGUUCUGGCUUGGGGAUACCUACCUUUCCAUUUGAGUGGGGGUUGUGUGAGAAUAAUGGGAGCAGGUAUGUUGCCUGCUGCAGAGAGCUGAGGGUGCAGAAGGGACUGCUUGCUGGAUGAAGAGAGCUUCUACUACUGUGGCCUUCCUGGGAGCCACAUUUUCUGGCGCCACUCCAUCGCCCCCUUCUCCUAAACUCCUUUGCUGGUUCCUGCAGUCUGUAUUUGGUGAUUAAUUACAUGUCAUUUAACACACGCGAGUACUCCUACUUGCCUGCUGCCCAAAGCCGAUAGUCCUUUUCAGCGCCCCCCUCAUUCCUGGCCCUCUUCCCAGAGGGCUCACCCUGUACCAGCUGACUCUCUAGCCAGCCUUGGACUCAGAGGCAGGCAGCCCGCUCCGGUCUCCUUGGUCAGUAGAACAUUUCCUUCUUAACCUCACCCUCUACAUUUUCCUUUAGGAGACAAUUUCGUAUAGGACCAGUUAAAUAGCACUUCUCCUAGGUAGGACCACUUGCUUUCUCCCUUCUCCCUUCUCCCAUUGGGCCUUGUUAUAGAAACAACAUUCACAGUGUCUGACAUCGUCUGGUCCAUUGCCCCAAAGUGGUCCUAGACCUGGAUUUAGAAUUCCAUGGCACAGUGAUUUCUAGCCUUCUGUCAGUGAUAGACCCUUUAGAAAAUCUGCUAAAAAGUGAGUUCUCUUGCCUGAGGUCUGACCACCAGCACAGCUUCAGAAGGAAGCUCCUGGAUGGGAAAACAGUCUGAUGAGACAUGAGGGAACCUCCAAAUUCUAAACAGCCCCAAUGUCUACAUGUUGAAAGACGCCAAUUCCAUGACACCCACCCAGACCUGCUGCUCUACCACUAGACUUUUCAUAAGCCUAGCUUCUAACACAAUGAUUCAGCCUUCUAAAACUGUCUGGGUUCUUUGGGUGACCUGGGGCAGCUGUAUAGUGAUUCACCAUAUCCCCAGUUUGGAAUAUUUUAUAUCUGGACAGUGUAGCAUCAGUGAUUCUAUACUUACAAUUUAUUUUGAUUUUUAGAAAGAUGUCAGUGCAUAUUUUUGGAGAAAUGGGAACAUAAAUCUUUCCUCAAUUAAACACAACAAACAAUACAAAAUCCCCUUAUGGUCUACCUUCUGGUUUUUUAUAGAAUGGAAUAAAGAGGGAAUCCUAAACAGAAAGACAGGUGCCCAGACAAUGUGAGAGAGAAAACAGAUGCCUUCCCACCCACACAUACAGACAAAAGAUAACACAGGCACAAAUAGCCCAAGAGAAACAGACUUUCCUGAUAAGACAGCCAUCACUUUUGGCCUUUUAGGAGUCUCUGCUUUUGAGUAGCAGCCAAAUUUCACAGUACAAGAUGGGCCUAUGAGCCUCUUGCCCACCUCCUGGCCUGCCAGGUUCAUUUGGGAACAUAAAUGUCAGGCGCACCUGUAGCCCCAGGGCCCACUCAGUAGGACUUGCACCCUGGAUUCACUGAAGCACAUCCAGGCCUUGGCAGUGCCGGUUCAGUUACACAGCUUGUCCUGCCCUUGAGCACUCGUUUCCAAAGGACAGGUUCCUGGAAGGUGCACACAUGAGCCUGCCUCUGUUCACCUGAGUUCUUUCAAUCCAACAGGUGAGACCAUCCCUGCUGGACUAAUCUCUUGGAACUGGUCUAAAACAAGAUGAAUCAUCCCUGUGUGUCUCUUUUGGCUCCACCUGUUCCCCAAGGUCUUGCCCUUCCCCAAGACGGAGCCCCAGGAAACCAGGUCCUGGCAGUCCCUCUUGAGAUGCCGGAGGCCCAGGACUUGGUGUCAUUUGAUGUUGUACCGUGGUACCUCACAGAACAAGACUGGCUGAGUCUGAGUCUGAACUCGGAGCAGCAGGCAGUGGCAUAUUCUAGGACUGUGACCUCCAUUGGAGUUCCUGUUGUGAGUCCUGCUUUGGUAUCUUACCUGUCACAAGGACAAGUUCUGUUGGUAUCAGAUCCAUCCUUCAACACAGAUCACACUAAGCACCCUGAAAACUCCACUGUGACCUCCCACCAGAAGAUGGCUGAAGAAGCCCAGCUGCAAGAGAUGGCGUCCACGAGCUCCCCGAGGGCCAAUGACCCCGGCGCUGAGGUCAAACAGAAUGGGGACUCUGAGGGAAGGGGAGGGAGCCCACAAAGUCUGCCCAUAGAACACCAUUUUGCAUGUAAAGAGUGUGGGGACACCUUCCGCCUUAAAGUGCUCCUUGUUCAGCACCAGAGGGUUCACAGUGAGGAGAAGGGCUGGGAGUGUGGCGAUUGCGGGAAGGUCUUCAGGGGGGUGUCAGAAUUUAAUGAGCACAGGAAGAGCCACGCAGCUGUGGCCACUCAGCCCCGGCCUGGCCCCAGUCGGGCUCUGGAAGAUGCCUUGGAAAAGAGGGAGCAAAUGGAGAGGGAGGCAAAGCCCUUUGAGUGUGAGGAGUGCGGGAAAAGGUUUAAGAAGAACGCAGGCCUUAGUCAGCACCUGAGGGUGCACAGCAGAGAGAUGCCCUUUGAUUGUGAGGAGUGUGGGCAGUUCUUCAAAGCCAACACCAACCUCUUUCGACAUCAGAAGCUCCACAGUUCGGAAAAGCCCUUUGCGUGCAAGGCGUGCAGCAGGGAUUUCCUGGACCGCCAGGAACUACUCAAGCACCAGAGGAUGCACACGGGCCACCUGCCCUUCGACUGCGACGACUGCGGCAAGUCCUUCCGUGGUGUCAACGGCCUGGCAGAGCACCAGCGCAUCCACAGCGGCGCCAAACCCUACGGCUGUCCUCACUGCGGCAAGAUGUUCCGGAGGAGCUCAGAGCUCACCAAGCACCGGAGGAUCCACACGGGUGAGAAGCCCUAUGAGUGCACCCAGUGCGGCAAGGCCUUCCGCCAGAGCUCCAGCCUGCUGGAGCACACUCGCAUCCACAGUGAUGAGCGGCCUUACGCCUGUGGCGAGUGCGGCAAGGCAUUCAGGGGGCCUUCUGACCUCAUCAAGCACCGGCGCAUCCACAGCGGACUGAAACCCUAUGAGUGCGACAAGUGUGGCAAGGCAUUCAGGAGGAGCUCAGGCCUGAGCCGCCACAGGCGGAUCCACAGCGCUGACAGGAGCUGUGAGUGCAGCGAGUGUGGUCGUGUGUUCAAGAGGCACUCAGCACUGCAGAAGCACCAGCCCUCCCAUCACCAGUAGACACUGCCCUGGGACCUGUAGCAGGGGUCCACGGAGGCCGUAGCCCAGUCAAAGGAGAUGAACAGUUUUGUAGCGCUUCUAUCUAUUUUGUUGUGUGAGAGGUUGAAAUGAUUUGUACUGCCACCAGCAAUUUAUAAAUGUUCAUGUUUCCCACUAGA